AUGCUACGUAAGUAGUCAUAUCUUACCGAUUAAGAAUUCUAUAGGAAGUUGAAAAGCAAUGUAUUCAUAAGCGGACACCGUGCGAACUCGAAAGCACAUUUCAGAAUUUUAGCCAUCAUUUCAUGAUAUCGGUCACUCAGAUGACCGAUCGGCUUAUGUAGAUGCACGGCUAUUUCGCGCCAUCUAUUUCAGCGCUCUCAACUCCCUCAUCUUCCCUUUAGUCUCCCCUUUCGCAUUUGGAGAUCGAGCUUAGCAAGCUGGCCGAGUAAUAGCUGAUCGUCUGUGCCGCAAUACAGGUCUUAUCCUACCUGCCGUCAACACCUCGUCUACCACCACCUUUCGCACCUUCUCCCUCUCUCUGGACGUCGGUUUCCUGCGUUUUUUCCCUCAGGUGUUCGUCGUUCUUAGCACCCUCUGUGCCAUUGUCGUUGCAGAUUUCCUCACCGCUUUUGAGCUUCUAGUCGACUGCCGUCAUGCACUUCUACACCUCAAGACCACCAAUCUCGCAGUCCGGGGUAUCUCUUUCUCCGACGCUUAUGUUCAAUUUGCCGUCUCGGACACUGAACACGAGAAUUCAUUUCGGCAAAUCCUCGGCAAAUACGCCCGUCUCACUCGUCCACCACACGACGGCCCUCACCACAUCCGGACCACUGACCCUCCCGUGUAUUCUCGGCCCAUCAGUCUCGCGACUGCACGUUUUGCUGCCACGUAUGCAGAGUUCGAGCGCAUGCUUCAGAUGGGCAUCAUUCAUCAGUCUGAAAGCCCAUGUUUCUCGCCCCGCCAAUUUCUCCCAAAGGCUGACACUGGUGACUGGCAGCCCUGCGGUGAUUACAAAGACCUGAACAACGUUACUCUCCCGGAUCGCUACCUUGUCCCACAUCUACAGUAUUGUACCACAUACCCAUUCGGCAUGUCUGUAUACUCGAACAUUGAUCUGGUCCUCGCUUUCCACUAA